AUGGAUACCUGCCAAGCCGAGAGAAUGACAGAAGCUAGUUUAGAACUGCCGAUGCCAGAACUAGCAGAGCAUGAGACCAAUGCUACCUUUGCGGGCGAGAAUCCCGAAAGAGAUGACCACAGCUACCUCCUGGAAGACAGCAGUCAACUUUUAUGCCAAAUGGAGAGCCAGCAGACUUUUGCUCAAGCAGACGGCGACGAUUCUGAUGCUCUCAACUUUCGAGACGACUGGAAGCUUUACUCUGACGAUCAAAGGGGUCGUCUUGCUGGUAGCGACGGUGCUCUCAAGAUCAAGGCGAGGAGUACUUAUUUCGACUACAAUAGCUCCGAUGACGAACUUGAGGAGGCGGAAGAAGCCCAUAGCGCUGGUGACUCCUCGUCUGCUGUCACGGACAGUGUUGACUCGGUGGACUGGGAUCAGGAACGAGAAAAGGCCAUCAUCAGUGGCGUCAUCUUUUGGCUUUGCAUGCAGCAAGCCAUGAAAUAUGCCUGGGAAUUGCAGGUCAUGUGCUCCAGCUAUAUUGGCAAGCUGUGCAAGAAGCUCAUGAAGCGAUUCAAAAACGACGACGACGACGGCAACUUGGGUGAUCAAACUCAGCAGCUCAAUGACAUGAACAAUCUAGAUGCCAACACCCAACAUACCACUGGAAGCCAUGGAAAUGCCAAUGGUGGAAAUGCCAGUGGCGGUAACGCCAGUGCUGGCAAUGCAGGAGGUGCCGGGGGAGGAGGUGCCGGUGGUGGAGCGGGUGCCGGUGCAGGUGCUGCCACGAGCGGAAUGGCAACCGCAGCUGCCAGCACAGCAGCAGCAGGUGCCGCGGUGGGAGCUUCAACUGCCGCAGCUACCGCAGCCGCCACCUCUGGCCUAGCGGCAGCCAUUGGAUCGGCUGUUGCUAGUGCUGGUGUGGCGUCACAAGUGGGAGUCAUGGCUGGAGUGGCCAUGGCUGUCUCUGUCGCCACCAUCACGGCGGGCGUGGCAGUUGCCAACCAGGGACAACCAGCAGAGGAUUCCGUGUCGGUUGGGUACGAUCCAUCGUCCCCUGUGUUUGUGCCACCCAUCUGUGAUGACUCUGACCUCAAAGAAGAAAAGGUGGGAUUAGUGGAACUCAGUAUCCAAGGCCUCCCUGUACACACCCUCCAACAGCACAAGCACAUUCUGGAAGAACUAUUUCAAGAUGUCUACAAUGAAAUUUCUGGCAUGUGUCUCGACCCACUGUCCAGAAUCAUGCUCUCUGCCAGCCUUACAAGCUGGGAGACGGAUUGGGGUAACUACACAAACUACGACUACAUCACCAAUAAUGCAACCAACUCUACCGCCAAUCUCACUGAAACAGGUACAAACGCAACAUUGCCAGAAGACUAUGAUCUGGCCGUUGCUGAAUCCGUUACUACCACCUACUGGGAAGCCAAGCUCCAGUGUGUGGGAUGCCCGGACCAUGAGCCCUUGUUUGAUACUGAGGAAGGCUCUCUACUAUCGAUCAAUCCAAGCAGAAAACUUCAUGCCCAGCAGCAGCGCUUUCUACGUGAGUUUGAUUUGAGUGAGUUUUUUGCGCUCUUUGCAGCAUCCUUCAGCUACAACCUGGCACCCCUUCUACAGGCCAAUGACAUUAUUGCAUUGAACAUCACUAUUGUCAGAGAUUAUGACAAGCAAGAAAUUCGAGUGGUGGCAGGCAAAGCCUUGGCUGCACAAGGUGAUGAGUCAGUGCAAGGAGGGACCGUUGUCCUUGUUGUGGAACUCGAUCAAAUCAUUGAUGCCUCUGCAGAGGUAGAGGAGAACGGCGGGACACUGGUGGCACCUUUUGUUGGCAGCGGCCUCUUGGAGAUUCAAGAAUGCAUAGUGACUGGGACAACAGCUGAAAGUUCUCCAUCACAGUCAAGCUUUUGUAGCGCUGUCAUUCAAGCAGCUGAGGCAUCUGGUGCUACCCCUGAGACUGUUCUGGAUUGUGCCGGCAGCCCAACUUCUUCUGAGGAAUGCCAGAGGCUCUUGCCUGGCUUACUCUUGGAAGUAUCUGAAGAUGCCUCUAAUGGCUCAGAUGAAGAUGGGAGAAGCGAAAGUGGGUCUGGCUCAGAAGGUGUUCCAGGCUCUAUUAAUGCAGCAAAUCCUGGUGGUGCUGAGCAGCUGGACUCCUUGGCACUGACACCCACAACAACAUUCCAGAACCCAGGGCCACUAACACCCACAACAACUGCAGCGGCACCAGUGGAUUCUCCUUUGCCAGCAAUGGAUACUUCCCCCACUGCUGUUUUAAGCUCAUCCGACUCUAGUACACCAGACAGUCCUCCACCCUUUGCCACUCCUGUAACAGAAGCUAGUGCUUUGCCACCCAGUAGUCCCAUGACUGCACCUGCCAACCCCACCAGUGACACAGCAAGUCAAACUCAGGACCAGCCUGGGCCAGGUAACCCCACUAGUGCAACUGUGCCCACUAGGCCAGCCUCUCCUUUGGCAUCAGCCCCUGGGUCACCUCCUUAUACUACUGCUUCUGAGGAGAAUACAGCCCCUUCCAAUGUUGCAUUGCCUCCAUCAGCAGUGAUGGUGCAUGCUAGCGCUGCAUCCCCGGCUUUUGCUGGCUCUCCCUCCAAUCAAAUUGGCCUUCCCACAUCUAUCAGUGCUUCCAGAGAAAGCCCCCCUGCUGCAAUAAUAGGUGCAGGGCCCAAAGCAGAUAACCCAAGUGCAUUGUCCCCAUCGGCCCCUUCUUUUCCUGCUGCCCCAUCUAUUAUAGGUGCUGACUCUUCAACUCUUAGUGGAAUCACCCCCACAGACAUCCCAGUCAUCACUCCUUCCCCCCCUUCUCCGUCUGGGGCUCAGUCCGGACCCAUUGAUGUUUCUCCAGCCCCACUUUUGGGCGCACCUAUCACAGCCAAUGCGCCUUCAAGCCCAACAGCUCUAUCAUUAUCACCACACAACGCAGUUCCGGUGACAGCACUAACACCCACUGUUGUCCCAGGGGAAUCAGAAAAUAAAGGUGUUGAAGAUACCCCCAACCCUGGGGCCUUAGCUGAGUCCCGGAGUUUCAGCCCCACAAAUGAAAGGACAAUCUCUGGAGAACCAACCACAACGUCUGACAGCACAGCAAAUCUCCCUCAAAACCCUGAAAUCUCCAGUACAAGCCCCACGCCAACUACAAGACUGCCAACAGUUACGCCUGGCAGCCCUUCACUGACACCUACAACUGCCAGUCCUAUUGGCUCUGUACCCACUGUAACUCCAGGAACUCCCAGUGUCAGUCCGAGCACAGGUACCCCCACCACUGGGUUACCAACGGUAACACCUGGAAGCCCAUCAUUGACCCCCACCACUGCCAGUCCAGUUGGUUUUCUGCCCACUGCAACUCCAGGCUCGCCCAGCACCAAUCCAAUUACCGGAAGUCCCACAACUGGAAUCCCUACUGUUACAUCCGGAAGCCCCUCACUGACACCCACGACAACCAGUCCUGUGGGAUUAGUUCCAACUGUAACUCCAGGCUCUCCCAGUGUCAGUACAACUACUACUACUACACCAACAACCUCACUACCAACGGUGGCACCUGGAAGCCCUUCCUUGACUCCCACCACUGCCAACACAGUUGCUUCUGUCCCCAGUGUAUCUCCAGGCUCUCCUAGUUCCAGUCCAACUACGGCUACUCCGACCACUGGGAUACCAACCGUGACCCCAGGAAGCCCCUCAAUCACACCCACCACAGCCAGUCCAGUUGGAUCCGUUCCCACUGUGAUGCCAGGCUCUCCCAGCACCAGUCCAACUAUGGGAAGUCCCACAACUGGAACCCCUACUGUUACUCCUGGUAGCCCCUCACUAACACCCACCACUGCCAGUCCUGAUGGAUCUGUUCCCACUGUGAUGCCAGGCUCUCCAAGUGUCAGUCCAAGUACUGGUAGUCCCACAACCGGAACACCUACAGAGACCCCUGGAAGCCCCUCGCUGGCACCCACCACGGCCAGUCCCGUUGGAUCUGUUCCCACGGUGACACCUGGUUCUCCCAGUGCCAGUCCAACUACUGGCAGUCCCACAACAGGAACACCGACAGUAACCCCUGGAAGCCCCUCGCUGGCACCCACCACGGCCAGUCCCGUUGUCCGUACCCACAGUGACUCCUGCUCUCCAGUGUCAGUCCAAGUACUGGCAGCCCCACAACCAGAACACCUACAGUGA